AACACAAAACAACCAUUUGUUCCCUCCUCAUGCAAGUCUUAUGUACCGUAGUGGCGCAGGACAGGACACAUGCUGAAGGGCGCUUAAGAUCGGAUCCAGGUGUCCACCCAACUUCUAAACUAGUCACAACAGUCGCUAUACUGUUAGUCUUUGGGGUUUUAUGGCGCAAUCCUAGAUGCGGUUCUCUUCGACACCGAAUCCCAACUCUUGGAGGAGCGGCAGCCUUGUCGGCGCAGAGAGUCGACUAUAAUUUCAAGUGACUCCCUGUCGUCUUAUAGAUCCUAUCAUUUGAGUGAUGAGCCAAAGACCCCCCUCUUAGCUUUCAUCAUUAAAUUCAUAGUCAGAUGCCUCCUAUUUGAUUACAGAGAUCAUUCGACUAGACCAUGUUGUCUAACGAUGCUUCCCCACCAGUUAUGGCUACCCAGCUCCUUCACGUAAAGCAGCAUACCUUUGAAGGAACGAUCUGGAGCUUUGCUGCUAUCUCCUUUCUCUUCCUCGCCUUUAGACUAUACUCGCGAUUUUCCGGGCCACGCAGGCUUUACUGGGAUGACGGAUUCGUCAUCCUCGCAUGGCUCCUGCUUCUCUUAUCAGCUAUCCUUUGGACGUAUAUUGCCUCAUAUCUAUAUGCUUUCUAUGAUGUGAUCAACGGAUACAGCCAGCCAGGCCCCGCCUUCGUCCUACACUCAGAGCAGUACUAUACUGGGCAGCUCAUCGUUUUGGUUUUCUUCUACAGCGGACUUUGGUCUGUGAAAUUCUCUUUCUUGUUCUUCUUCAGAAGGCUUGGGGAGAAUGUUAGCAGGAUUCGAUAUCUAUUAUGGGUGGCUUUCUUCUUCACUACUGCUACCUACUUGGUCUGCAUCGGGACUAUACAGUAUAGGUGUUUGGCGAGACCGUUGGCAGAGAUCCAGGCUCAUUGUUCCUCCGAGGCGAACAUUGAUUUCACUUUGGUCACAUUAAAAGUGAACACAGCCCUUGAUAUCAUUACUGAUAGUCUUAUCUCGAUAAUCCCCAUUUCUCUAGUAUGGAACGUUCAGAUUCCAACUCGGAGAAAGAUGGCUCUGAUAGGCAUCUUCUCUCUCGUGCUUGUGACAAUUGCAUUCGCCAUAGUGCGUGUUGUUGUAGUGAGUGAGUUGACGCACCAGCCUGAUGUAUCGUGGCUUUAUCUAUGGAGUGCUAUUGAGCAAGGCGUUGCAAUUAUUGUAGCUUGCUUGUCUGCCUUCCCCCAUCUAUUCGCACGCACAACCCAUCGUGCUGCAAAUCCACGAUUCAUUCCACAGAAGGAUUCAGAUGGUGGGAUACGUGUGAGAAGGCCAUACUGGGAUUUCAGCACCAUUGGCAUGUCAACAUUUAACCAGACUGGCGGGGACUUGACCUACCUCAACGAGCAAGAGGAAGGCCACCCACGGUACUCAGCUACAUCGUCGAUGCGGGAAUUGGGCGUCCCUCAACACGACCAUGGGCGUUAGUAGAGCCUAUCUAGUAUGGAAUCGCCAUAGUGAACACUUGGAGAUACCUAGAAAAGAGUACGAUGUCAACUGGCACACACGAUCAGAUUAGGAUUUUCCCUCCGGUGUACAGAGUAGUGGUAGUAGGCAGUGAACAAUAUCAAAAAUAAAUUCCCAAUAAUCAUAAUCCUGGCUGCAUGGCUUUGUCACUUCACGCUGCAGUGUCUCAACGUUACUUUAGGUGCUUGGCGCAUGAUUUAUGGACAGAGCAGUCCACGGGUUCAGCCUCUCAGUGCAUCGCUGGUCAUCGGCACUCGCCUGAAUCGACCUUCCGAGCAGGUCCGUGUCAGGACUUGAUGUUGGUGAUUGUAAAAAACCACUUGCAUCUAUGAUUGGUGGUUAUGGCGCUGAUGAUUCCGAUGUAGGUACCUAGGUGGUAUGUACUGUAUACUUUAUGGGGCUAGUGGGCCCUAUGGAAU